UUUUAUAAUUCGAACUCCUGCAUAAGUUUUAAAAGCCUCUUUACAUCCUCAUGGAGUUUUAUGUCAGUAAUCUACAUCUAAUGCACUUUUGAAUUGUCAAGUCUUUUUUUCUCCUCGCACAUUUUCUCCAGUUGUGAAACAGGUGCAGAAGACAUGACGUUUCUACCACUCAUAAGUGAAAUUCAGAAAAUUGCUCUUUACGAAACCAAGAAUGAUUUUUAUCUUGUUGGAUCAAACAACACUCAAACUAACUUCCGGGUGUUGAAACUUAGCCGAACUGUUGGCCAAGAAUUGAGCGUCAUCGAUGAUGGGAUCAUCUAUUCUGAGGCGGAGGUUCGGUGGCUUGUCAGUGGUUCGGAAGGAGGUCAUCGCUCCAGGUCCUCCAGCAGUAAUGCCACUAAAGUACUGUCAGCUUUUGGGAUUGUAGGUUUCGUCAGAUUUUUAGAAGGUUAUUACUUGAUAUUGAUUACUAAAAGGCGUUACGCAGCUGUAAUCAGGCAUCAUAUCAUUUACAAAGUGGAAGAUACUGCCAUGGUUUACAUUCCAAAUGAGGCUGUCAGCCGUGCAAAUAAUCCAGAUGAGCUCCGUUAUCUGAAAAUGUUCCAAAGUAUCGACUUAUCCAGCAACUUCUAUUUCAGUUACAGUUAUGACAUCACUCACACAUUGCAGAUUAACAUGGCUGUGCCAAGGAAUAUUCCUAGAGCAUCAACAUCACUCAAAUCAAAUAGUAAACAAAGUGAUUCCAGAGAACAACAGGACUUUAUAGAUCAACAUCCUAAAGAAAAUCUGAAUCUAUCCAAGGAGGAGGAAGUUGUGUACGGAGUACGGAAUGAACCUAAUCGCAGAUUUGUAUGGAACUCAUACCUUUUGUCUCAGACGGAGAGUAAACUCAAUCCAAAUUGGGUCCUGUACAUAAUGCAUGGGUUUAUAAGCCAAUCAAAUAUUUGCAUUUAUGGCCGUUCCAUUUACGUUACUGUCAUCGCACGUAGGUCAAAUAAGUAUGCUGGAACAAGGUUUUUAAAACGAGGAGCUAAUUUUGAAGGUGACGUAGCAAAUGAAGUAGAGACUGAGCAAAUAGUUCAUGAUGUUGGUGGAACUUCACAAAACAAAGUUCGAAUAACGUCUUUUGUGCAAAUGAGAGGGUCCAUUCCUGCCCAUUGGAGUCAGGACAUCAGUAAAAUGGUUCCGAAGCCUACCAUUUACUUCGAUCUUGGUGACCCAUACUUCGAGACGGCCGGUGCUCAUUUCAACGAUUUGCUGAAAAGAUACGGCUCUCCAACCAUAAUCCUGAACUUAGUGAAAACAAAGGAGAAAAAGAAACACGAAUCACAGUUAAGUGAGGUUAUCAAUGGAGCCGUAAAAUAUUUGAAUCUAAUGUUGCCGCCAGAGCAUCGAAUUCAGUAUGUCACUUUUGAUAUGGCUCGAAUGAAUAAAGGGAAGGAAGCAAACGUGAUGGGUCGACUAGCUGACAUUGCCCACGAGCUCAUCCGGAAAACAGGGAUAUAUUGUAGUGAUCUUCCAUACGCAAAUCAGAAGAUGUCAACCGUUUUAGGUUUUGAGUCUUUUGCUCUGAAUGGGAAGUGUCUUCUCCAGACAGGCAUUAUUAGGGUGAAUUGCGUUGAUUGCCUUGACAGAACCAACACAGCCCAGUUUGCUCUUGGUAAAUGUGCUCUUGGAUAUCAGCUCUGUGCUCUUGGAGUCUUGUCAAAACCAGUGUUAGAUUUUGACAGUGACUGCGUUCGUCUAUUGGAGGCCUUGUAUGAAGACCACGGUGACACUUUGGCGCUCCAGUAUGGUGGUUCACAGUUGGUUCAUCGGAUCAAAACUUACCGCAAGACUGCUCCAUGGACCUCGCAAGGAAACGACAUCAUGCAAACGCUAAGUAGAUACUACAGCAACACGUUUUCAGAUGCUGAGAAGCAGCAUGCCAUGAAUUUGUUUUUGGGUUUGUUUGUUCCGCAACCUGGGACUCCUCCAAUUUGGGAAAACGCAACCGACUAUUAUCUCCAUCACCCGGAGGCCGUCGGAAAUUUCAAGAGAAAAAAGUCUCCAUUGACACAGUGGUGGGAUGCUGAAGUCCUAGAGAGCUUACCACUGGCCCUGAAUCAGACUAAAAAACAAUGUGUUGACAUUGUGCCUGGUGUAAAAAAAGACUUGGAGACUAUCGAUGGCUACAAGCAGUUUUACCGAUCGUCAGAAUUUACUGAACUAAAUGAAACUUUUGCGUUCAUGAUUAGCCAUUCAGUCAGGGAUUUUAUGCCACAUUGCGUGACAGACUACAGCCCAUUUAGAGUCAGGAUCAGGCCUGGACGCAUGCGAGAAGAGACAGCCAGCAGAGCUAACACAAAUAUGAAGAACCCCUCAUUGACGGGGCAUUGUUCAACCGGAUCGACUGCGUCCAGCUCCAGUGGCAGUGAGGAAAGUGAUAAUGAAGAUGUAAUCACACGGAACAGUGACUCACAAUGUUCGAUGUCAAAGGAAAACUUGAUCACUUUUGAGAGCUUAUUCCCAACUAUGAAACAAGUCUAUGGAAUUGACUGCACUGAACCAAACAAAGCUGACAAGCUGAUGUAUAAAAGGUUUGUCUCAGUCGGGAGAAUAGCAACCAAGAAACGAUCAAGUGAGUUGGAUCGUUUAAGCCAGCUUUUAACCCUCAGUCAGCAAAACCAAACAUCGUUUAACUCAGAUGACAUUUACCAUGUGACGCCCCCAGAAGUCUCAGCAGAGUCUAUCCACAUUUAUGAAAAUUAUGUGAAUCGCUCGAUCUAUGGUGCAGCAGAUCCAGAUCAACGAACUUUGAAUAAGUACGAGGAAUAUGCCAAGUGUCAACUGGGAUUGUUUUCUGUUGCAAGCUAUGUUCAAUGAUAUAGAAUCUUCUGAAAUUGUGGUGUAUCCUUAAAAAACCCAGUUCAGGAGAAAGAAACUAAACCCUAUCAAACAGAGAAAAGAACUGAGAAACAGAAGUUUAAAGUUUCAUCCCUACACGAAUCUCAGUUGCAGAUAAUGUUUAAAUCAUCUCUCUACAUUCGAGGACUUUUCUCUGGACCUCCCGAAUUCUUGAUCGGAGAAAAUGUCAGCUCUCAACUACUCCCAACUCAUUCUUCCCAAAAUUUCUCAGGUACCUUUUGGCUAAACUCUGCUGUAUUAAGUUGAGCGAAAAUGUCUAUUCUGGUACCAAGGAGCUAUAAAAAUUUGGAGAAGAAAGACUUGUGCACUGAAAUUCAUUAUUAAUUGAACAACUGAUUUAGCAGAUAUCAUGUUACUUCUCUUGACUUUGAAGUCGCUCAGCAAAAACGAUCUAUCACCAUCAAUUAUCUGAAAUAAGGCCGUGAAGAUCGAGUAAAUUUCAAGAUAUAUUUGUGCUAAGUUUUUCUUGGCUCUUUUCUUUGAAGAAAAUUGUUUGAAUCUUUGUUAUAACUGUCCUUGUUUUUCCAGUGAUAAGUGUUAAUUUUUAUAACUCUGGCUGUGAUAUGAUGUAAUAAAAUUUGUAUUUUUCCACUUU